GGAAAUGCGUGGCACCAGUACGACUACGAACUUUAAUACUGCAAGUGCAAAACAGUGACUAAUUUCGAGAUAAAUCGUAGUACAUUGAUCCAUUGAUCAUCCAUCAUGAGAUGCCUGUCAGGAGGAGUUUUAAUUUGAUAUUUUCAAGACGAUGAAAAUUUGGUCGGUAUAAAGUGGACUCACGAGCUAUGUCGCAAACAACAGACGGUAGCGAUGUGGUCCUAAAAGAGGGACAAUGCAUCAAAAAAAGUGGCAAUAGGGGACUCUUGGGGAAAUAUAACUGGCAGAAACGAUGGUUUGUUCUAAUUCAACGAGACAAGACGGUUACUCUGUAUUACUAUGAGAAAAGAGGUGCAAGAGUUCCUAAGGGAGAGAUACAACUCAGCAAUAAGUAUGUGACAAGGGAACCAGAAGGCAUAGAGAAGGAGAGACGGAAUUGUUUUGAAGUGGGACCCUUUGCGGAAGACGGUACAACAAGGACCUACUACAUCUGCUGUGAAACAGAAGAUGACAAGCAUGAAUGGAUGGAGGUCCUGGAUGCUGCCAUAGAGGGCACUACAGCCAAGAAAGCUUUGCUUCGCAAGCAGACGGCCUCCUUUAAAGCCAAGAAAAGGAAAGACCGGGAGAGUAAGAAUUCCCUAAUAGCCAAGGAGAACGAAGCCAGACGAGAUAUGUACUUGAGUGCAGACUGGAGAAAGCAACAAUGGGCCAACUUGCUGGCUUUGGCAAUCGGCAAGAACUGGAAGAAAGCAGACACCAAAGAUGGGGUGACUGUCAGUAGAAUGAGCUUCAGUGAUCUGCCCCUUGCAGUGAUCAAGGUCGAGGGUUUGAUUAAUGCAAGAUCCAAGCAUGUCUACAGCUUCCUUCAAACAGCUAUACAACCCGGUGGAAAGCUGGAUUUCCCGUUCAGAGGCAUGGAGGACAUCUUGGAUGAGUUCACCAGCCCCCCGAGGGGUUCAGUCAUGGAUUGCUACAAGGAGAUCAAGAUCCUACCCAACACCAAACCCCGUGGUGUCACCCUGCUACAGGCGGCGGUACCCCUGCAGCUGACCCAGGGGGAAUCCUGCGGGAUUCUCAUCAUGUCUGUCAACCACCCAGACAGUCACAAGAGACAGCAGGACGCAGUCACCUGCAACGUCGGCCUAUCUGGUUGCAUCAUCAAACCGAAACGAAGCCUGCAGACCAACCCGGCACCGACCCAUAACCCGCCCCCUGGAGACCAGGAAAGCAGCGCCAGCGAGGAUGACGAGGACGACCUCAUGUCACCAGGUCGGAGGGUUAGAGGGUCAGAGGUCACGCACCUGACAUUACUGGGUCAGAUCAACCUGCAGGGGUCGUUGCAGACCAUGCUGAAGGGGGCCUACAAGUCGGGCCUGUUGGUGCACGGCAUGCGGUCAUUCUUCCAGAAUCUUACCGAGCAUAUUAAUAGCUAUGUCAAGAUUGUGGACGUCUGACGGAAUGGGGCGAGGUCGGUGAGAAGCUGGCCCAAUUUCAAGGCUCUGUUUACUGUUUGAAAAAAAAUCCAUGCUUACUGUAGCAGAGAAUUCUGUGCUAAGGCCAAACACAAAAAGUCUCUGUUUUUUGGUCGGCGCGUGCAUCGCCGUAGCCAUGCGUGUCUGCAAAUUUUUUUA